AUGGAGUCUUCGCCUGUGGACGCAGAGGUCGCCGACCCGAUGAGCAUUCGUGCACUGAAAGACAUCAGCUUUGGCAGUGCUGCGGGCAUCGCAUCCAAAUUUUUCGAGCAUCCAUUCGACCUCACCAAAGUUCGUCUUCAAUCGCAAGUAUUGGAUAAAACGGCCCGAUUUAACGGUCCCAUAGACUGUCUAGUGCAGACAUGGAGGAAGGAGGGAAUUCGCGGACUAUAUAGAGGAUUGCCGGCUCCCAUCGUAGGAGCAAUGGCGGAAAAUGCGUGCUUGUUCUGGACGUAUACAGAGUUUCAAAACACAAUCCGAUGGGCAAAUAGUCUGUCGAUGACGGAGCAGCUCUCGUUGGGGCAGCUUGCAAUAGCGGGGGCAGGGGCAGGAUCCCUGACAAGCUUUGUACUGACCCCCAUCGAACUUGUCAAGUGUAAGAUGCAGGUACAGAUGCUGAUGGCUCCCAGGGUACCAUUCCCCGAGGCGUCAGCUGUUCUGGCAGGAGCGGCCGCUUCUAUUCCGAAUCAUUCUUCAUCAUUGCAGCCUCCUAGUACUCUCAUCAGGCCCCCUGGCCCGCUGUCGGUCCUCACUUCUAUCAUCCGCACAGACGGCCUCCGUGGUCUCUGGCUCGGACAAACCGCAACGUUUAUCCGCGAAACCGGCGGAGCCGCAGCUUGGUUCGCAUCCAAGGAGGCAGUAGCAACGCUGCUCCUCGCGCGGCGACAUGUCGCAGCGAAGGACAAGAAGGAGCUGCAUGCCUGGGAAUCUGCUGUAGCGGGCGCGAGUGCAGGUGUCGCGUACAACGUCGCCUUAUUCCCCGCGGACAGUGUCAAGAGUGCGAUGCAGACGGAGGCGGAGCUUCGACCGAGGGUUGCAGGUGAACCAGGCUCAACUUUCUUGGGCACCUUCAAGGCGAUGUACAAGGCGCAGGGCGUAAGGGGAUUGUAUGCUGGGUGUGGAAUCACAGCGGCGCGAGCUGUUCCGAGCAGUGCGCUCAUCUUUCUAAUAUAUGAUGGUUUGAGUAAGAGAUAUGGAUCGUGA